AAGAAAAGAAAAACCGUGUCUUUGUUUUUCAGAAAUUUAUUUGGUGAAGUUCAGGGUUUCGGAAUUCCUAAGCUAGCAGAAGCUUUCUCACUCCCUCUAGAAUCAUGAUUCGUUCCUCCAAUGUCGUCAGACUUUUCUCAUCUCAUCUCUUCAAUAACCGGCUCCUACCAAUUCGAUGUCUUACACAGAGUAGGGAUUUCAAGUUCAAUUGGGUAUGUAGGUUUUAUUUAACCUGUGUCAAUGUAUUUUAUAUGCAACAAUCAUUUAUUUACAUUUAUAUUUCAUAAUAUUCAAACAUGUUUUUCAAUUUGGUGUUCUAUUAAUUUCUGCACUUAUUUUCAAGGACGACUCUUGAUGAUGCGGAAUGCUUUGAACUGUUCGAACUUUGGAGCAAAAAAUAUGGCAAAACAUACUCCUCAGAGGAAGAUAAACUCUACAGGUUUUCAACUGUUCACUUCUUCAUGACGAAACAAAUCCAAAUUCUAACGAAAUGAGCGAAGCAUCCUCCGACGAGUUUGGAAUCAAUUGCAAUUUUUAUGAAAGGACUUGUUUCAUACGAUGCUGCUCUUGCAUUUUGUUUAAUAUGCAACCACAAAUGUAUAUAUAUAUGAUGAUAAUAUUCAACCAUGUCUUUCCUUUUUGCACAUGUUCAAUAUUUGCACUUAUUUUCAAGGACUCUGUCGACGAGGAAGAAGAAGCGAGGGACAGACUUAAUUAUAAGUUACCCUGCAGGUCCAAGUUUCUUGAUGAACAUUUUGCCGAUGAUCCACCAUAUUAUGACGUAAAUCCAAGACCUAUGACUCUGAAAAAUGUAGCAAAAUGGGUACGUAAUUAUCCAUACCCGGGCCCGUACCUAAAAUGUGGAAUUUUAUCCUACCCAAUGCCUCUGUACCAGACUUCUUUGAGCUAUUCGAACGUUGGAACAAGGAAUAUCAGAAAACAUACUCCUCAGAUGAAGAUAAACUUUCAAACUUUCAUAAGCUGUACAAACUUUGGUACAAGGAAUGUUACAAAACACGCUCCUCAGAGGAAAAUAAUUUCUACUGGCUCAAACUGUUAAUGGCCAACUACCCCUUUAAGCUGCCCAACAAAAGUUACGAAUCCUCUGUUAAGGGUAGUGGUCAUCCUCUAUGUUUCAUGGAGAUAUUCGAACGUUGGAACAAGGAAUAUCGCACAAAGGAAGAAAAAUACAAACAAUUCUUGAAGAGAAGGAUUGGUCGAGAUGUAAUAGUUUUUCAUAGUCGCACUUUCGGAUAAUAGUUUAUGAAUUUAUUUAUGUGUAAGGUAGGAGAGAGGAUUCUCUCAUGAGUCAUCACUUUAGGUAAAUUUUGUUUUUGAGCCAUUGAUUUAGAUGAGAGAGAAAAGGAAAAGUAGAAAGAAGGUGAAUUGAAUGGUGUGGAUUGGAAAAAAUUGAGGAAUAUGAGGAAAAACUUAUGGAGAGAAUCCAUUCUCGUAAGGUAGUGUGGAGAAAUAGUUCUCAUCUAUCUAGAUAAUAAUUUAAACCUUUUUAGAAUAUCUAAGAACUUACUGUUGAAUCAAUUAAUUAGUAAUUAUGUAAUU